AUGAGUGAAACGCACUUUUACCUUACAUUACCUAGUAAUGCCUCUCUGGAUGUAUUCCCUGAUAAUAAGACAGGAAGUUACCUCGUGAAGUUACCUCAUCCCAUUGAUUUAAACGGCAACUGGGAAGUCGGAUUAUAUUCCAUAUCUUAUCCUAAUACAUGGUACACCCUGCGUGCAGAGGAUAAUCACAUCUACUGCAGUACCGACGGUCAUAUCUUUUCGCCGGUAAUGGUAGACUGCGGCUAUUACGAAACGGUACAGGAUCUUAUCGCAGCCGUCAACAGGACCCUUGAAAAGAAGACCGGAAACCGGGGCAUUGCCCUAGCGUUUGAUCCUAGGACCACCAAGAUGAAAGUGACAAUUAGUCAGAGAGGGUAUAUGUUGGGACUAGCCACAAAAAUGUCAGCUAUGCUGGGAUUCGGGGGAAUAGAUAUGAAAAUUAAGAAAACAACCACAAGUCCGUACGUUGCCGAUCUACUUGAUAUUACUACGGUUUACAUUUACUGUGAUAUUGUCCGACCCCAGAUUGUGGGUGAUGUCAGUGUUCACAUGCUCCGGACCAUACAUGAUAUUGUCGCAAAGACAUUCAACAAUAUACAGUAUGUACCCGUUCAGACAAAGUCCUUUGAAGACAUCCAGAUUCUUUUAAGGGACGGGACGGGUGCUCCCGUGCCAUUCGAACGCGGAACGGUCAUAGCGACACUGUACUUCAGAAAACAGAGUUACUUUGCCUAG